AUGACAUCCAACGCUACGAGCACAACUCUGCCUAUCCGGGGCUCAGCACCAGCCUCAGCCCCCAAAGAUGAGGAUUCCGACUACACCUCAUCAUCCGGCUCCUCCUGCGACAGCUCAAGCGAAGACGACUCAUCAGAGGAUGAGAAUGGAAGCAUUCAUCAUGAGAACAGGACUUCCUCAUCUGCUACGUCUUCAUCAAUACCGCAUGUUCAUGGGCGCCCGAAGCCACGGAUACGGAAGAUGGAAGGAAAUUCUGAGCUACUGGCACGAUUGUCUGCAUUCUUGCCAAAGAUGAAGAGUGCCAAUGAGGAUUUGGAGAAAGAGAUUGCGGAAGGGAGGGGUAAGGAUGUUGUUUUGGAUGAGGUAGACGAUGGCAAGGAUUAUAUUGAAAUGAAUCUUGGAUUGGGUGUUUUGGAGGAAAAGCGUGGCGAAAAUGGAGAUUCCAGUGGAGAUGAAAGAGACCAUGAGGGUAUGGAUGGAGUAAAAUCCGAUAAAAAGAGCAACAUGGAUGAAGAUUCUGAUAUUUUGGGUAAAUUGAUGGGUCACGGUGGAAAGGAUUUAGAUGCUGAUAAGCCGUCUAUUGAGGAUUUGGGUCAAUAG